ACCCUCCAGUCUUGCAUUUCUCCUAUUUAAAUAAACCUGGUGGCGGCUACUUUUCGGAACGCGGUGCCACCGGGCUGAGGCCCAGCCGCACUUUGCUGGCGAGUUGCCUCGUUGCCACGGAGCUCGGGCCGGGCCGGGCCGGGCCGGGUUGUCCGGGAAGCAAAAGGAGGCCGUCUAGGAAACCCGCGUGCGCGUGAGCCUCCGCCGGCGUUGGGAGAGUUGCACCUGGGCCCGGGCGGCGCGCGCUGCCCGGGCGGCCCUGGCUCCGCUCCACCUUGCGGCUGCGUCCGGGCGAAACUCUCUCACCUGUGGGAACCCGGAUCUGGGCAGCGAGCGGGGCCCGGAGGCCCAAGCGCGCAGGUCCCAGCUGCCUCGGCGGGCGCCCCCCAGAGCUCGGGACGCCCCAGCCUGCGAGGCCUGGCGGUGGAGGGGUGGAGGAGGUUGCAACCCCGAGAGACUCUGGGUCGCUGGGCCCCUCCCACCCCCGCUCCCAGGAUUUGGAGCGCCCUGAAGGCCAACUCGGGCCCACGCCAAGGCUGCAGGUUCGUGAUGCCCCGCCUCCUCCUGCCACUUAAUGCUGCCAGCGCCAGCAGGAACCUUUCCACUCCGUCUUAGCCUGCGGUCACUGCCGAGCUUUCCGGAACUUUCCAGGCUCAGGCUCUUUGCGUCCAGCCGACGCCGCGCCGGCAGCCUGCAAGUCUCCUCCUCUGGGCACCGACGCUCCUAACACUGUCCGCACGGUCUGCACCCCCUGCCCAGCUCCAGGUGCCAAGGGGGCGCACACUUUUUCCGGGACCCCGCGGCGCGCCCAGUUCCCCUCCUCCCCGGAGCCAGUGUGGGACGCAGGGAGCCCGGAGCUGCGGGGUGCACUCGAGCGUUCGCGGUUCACGCCUCGCCUCGGAGCCGGCCCUGAGGACGAACUGAGCCCCGGAUCUCCAAGCCUCUCCCGGCGAACUCGACCCGGCCAGGGUGUUUUCCCUCCAAAGCCGGCUGCACUUCGUCCGCCGGCCCGGGGCCGCGUCGCCUCGUCGCCCCGUCGGGUGCUGCGCGCCAUGGCGGACUGCUGCUGCCUGUCGGCGGAGGAGAAGGAGUCGCAGCGCAUCAGCGCCGAAAUCGAGCGGCAGCUGCGCCGCGACAAGAAAGACGCGCGGAGGGAGCUCAAGCUGCUGCUGCUGGGAACAGGUGAAAGUGGCAAAAGCACCUUUAUCAAGCAGAUGAGAAUUAUCCAUGGGUCAGGUUACAGUGAUGAAGACAGAAAAGGUUUCACCAAGCUAGUUUACCAAAACAUAUUCACUGCCAUGCAAGCCAUGAUCAAAGCCAUGGAUACCCUGCGGAUACAGUACAUGUGUGAUCAGAACAAGGAAAAUGCACAGCUGAUCAGAGAAGUGGAAGUAGACAAGGUCUCCGCACUCUCCAGGGACCAGGUGGAGGCCAUCAAGCAGCUGUGGCAUGACCCAGGGAUGCAGGAGUGCUACGACCGGAGACGGGAAUAUCAGCUGUCAGACUCCACCAAAUAUUACCUCACCGACAUUGACCGGAUUGCCACACCAUCUUUUGUGCCAACACAACAAGAUGUUCUUCGUGUCCGAGUGCCCACUACUGGCAUCAUUGAGUAUCCUUUUGACUUGGAAAACAUCAUCUUUCGGAUGGUGGAUGUUGGUGGUCAGCGAUCUGAAAGACGGAAAUGGAUUCACUGCUUUGAGAGUGUUACUUCCAUUAUUUUUUUGGUUGCACUGAGUGAAUAUGAUCAGGUUCUUGCUGAGUGUGACAAUGAGAAUCGCAUGGAAGAAAGCAAAGCUUUAUUUAAAACAAUUAUCACCUACCCAUGGUUUCUGAACUCAUCUGUGAUUUUGUUCCUAAAUAAGAAAGAUCUUUUGGAAGAAAAAAUCAUGUACUCUCAUUUAAUUAGCUAUUUUCCAGAAUAUACAGGACCAAAACAAGAUGUCAAAGCUGCCAGAGACUUUAUUUUGAAGCUUUACCAAGAUCAAAAUCCUGACAAAGAGAAAGUCAUCUAUUCCCACUUCACAUGUGCUACGGACACAGAGAAUAUCCGCUUUGUGUUUGCUGCUGUGAAAGACACAAUUCUACAACUAAAUCUGAGGGAAUUCAACCUAGUUUAACAGUUCUUGUGCACCCUUCACCAUACUGAAUCUCCAAGCGCGUCUCGUAUCACAACCUCCAUCAUGCAGACCAGAGAACAGAAGGGCUAUGGAGCUUGUCAGAUAUAAGUCCUCAUUUCAGAAUUAGGUUAUUGCUGGGGCUCAGUGCCUGCACCAUGAAUCCACUGCUCGACAGCCACCUGUGAAGCAGCAGGUGGGGAGCCGGGGGCUCGAACAGGGAUCCUUACGCCAGUCUUUGCGCUACUGCCCGACCCACUCAGAAUUGUUUUUAUACUUUUUUUUCCUUGGCCGUAAGAUUUUACAUCAUUUUUGAGAAAUUUUAAGUCAUUGUGAUUUUUUUUAAAAUUAAGUUUCUGUUUAAUUACAGUCAUUAAAAUCAUUUACUAAUUUUAUAGAGCAUGCCUUGAAACCUCUAGGAUUAAUUUGGGUGACUGUUUUUUUUUUUUAAAGUUGUUUUAACUAACACUAUAUAGUUAAACCAUAAUUUCAUCACAAUGGAAUCAAAGUAUAUGUUAUAUUGGUAAUCUGUGUGUACACACACACAUAUACUUUCUAAUGUAUAUGAACCUCCUGUAACAAAUGUAAUGUAACUUACCCUGAAGUUUUGAUGGCCAUCACAGAUUUUUUUGUGCCUUUCUGAGGGGGAUAAAAAUAUACCAUUCUUCCACUA